AUUUCUCUGGUGCGUUUGAUUCAUUGAUUGGUUGAAGCACGCAAGAAUGGACGGGGACAGUGCUGCCGCCACCACCUACGAUAUCGUGAUACUGGGAGCCUCAGGCUUCACCGGCAAGUACGUGGUCAGAGAAGCCCUCAAGUUCCUGAACUCGCCAUCGUCUCCGCUCAAAUCUCUAGCCCUCGCCGGCCGUAACCCAGAGAAACUAGUCCAAGCCCUGAACUGGGCUUCUCACCCCAACCCGCCGCCGGCCAUCCCCAUCCUCACCGCCGACACCACUGAUCCUCCGUCCCUCCGCCGCCUCGCCGUCCAGGCCAAGCUCCUCCUCAACUGCGUCGGCCCCUUCCGGCUCUACGGCGAGCCCGUCGUCGCCGCCUGCGCCGACUCGGGCUGCGAUUACCUCGACAUAUGCGGCGAGCCGGAGUUCAUGGAGCGGGUGGGGGCCGCGUUCCACGAGAGGGCGCUGGAGACGGGGUCUUUGGUGGUCUGUGCUUGUGGGUUCGAUUCCGUUCCGGCGGAGUUGGGUUUCAUCUUCAACUCCCGGCAGUGGGCUUCCCCCGCCGUCCCCAACCGGGUAGAGGCGUAUCUGAGUCUGGAAUCGGAUAAGCGGGUGGUUGGGAAUUUCGGGACGUUUGAAUCGGCGGUUUUGGGCGUGGCAAAUGCUCACAAAUUGCAGCAGUUCCGGCGGUCCAAACCCAGACUACCUCGGCCGGAGAUUCCUGGUCCCCCUCCUCCCAAAGGGCCAACUGUAGAACAUCAGAAGAAGAUUGGGCUUUGGGCUGUGAAACUCCCCUCAGCAGAUUCCACUGUUGUCCGAAGGACUCUUGUUGCUCUGAAAGAAAAUCCCCGUGGUCUUCCAGGGGUUAACGAAAGCGCUGAACAGGUUGAGAAGAGAGAAACCUUUUGGUCAACUGUGAAACCGGCUCACUUUGGAGUGAAGAUAGGCUCUAAAUCCAUCUUUGGUAUCAUUCGGUUCAUCAUCGUAGGGCUGUUCAUUGGGCUCUUGGGUAAAACUGCUUUUGGAAGAUGGCUUCUCUUAAAAUUUCCCUCGGUCUUGAGCCUCGGGUGGUUCAGGAAGAGAGGUCCUUCCGAGGAUGAGGUGAAAAGUGCUUCUUUUAAGAUGUGGUUUGUUGGAAAUGGAUUUAGCGAUGGCACCCUCCUUGCAAGGGGAAACAUGAAACCUGAUGUGGAAAUAAUAACAAGAGUAAUGGGUCCGGAGAUUGGCUAUUCAACCACUUCAAUAGUUCUAGUUCAAUGUGCUCUUGUUCUUCUAAGCCAACGUGAUAACUUGCCAAGAGGAGUUUUAACCCCUGGGUUUGUGUUCGGCCCAACAGAUCUUCAGCAAAGACUUGAAGAGAACGGUAUAUCCUUCGAUAUCAUUUCAAAGAGUACUCCAUCUGCCUAGUUUGUGCGGUUUUGUCACAUUGAUACAACAAAGUUUCAACUCAUUUGAUCAAGUGGGGGUACAGAAUAAAUUUUUCACUUCUAUCUUGUUCAAGUGUCUUCGCAUGUCUUUUAGUGCAGAUGUGGCUCUAAUGAGGUAGUGGUUUAACCUUAACUUGCUCUGCCAUUGAGUAUUCUAUAAAAUUCCGCUUCUUUGCAUCUUCAA